AAAGGGACCGUGGAAAAGUCAUGUUGACAAACACUGACGUACUACAUACGAAAUACGCGCUUCUGUUUUUCUUGCUUGUGCUAAUGUACUUUCUUCGGGGCAGUUUUCUACAUUAAAGAAGAGAAUACGAAUUUUAGAAAUAAUACGAAAGUGUUUAAAGUGAAAAAUGAUAGACAAUAAUGAGCCUAGUGAAAGUGACGAAGGAGAAAUAAAGUCUGAUUUUGAAGAAGAUUUUCAAGAAGAACUAUGUAAUCUCCCUCAUGUUCUGAGGUUUAUUCAAAGAAUGCGAGAACAUAUUAAAAAGCAAAAUAAAAAGAUUUCUAAGUUACGGAAUAAACUUAAUGAACACAGGAAUCAGAAGUUACUAAAAAGUAAAACAUUAAUCGAUUAUGGAACUCAAACAAAUCCUUUAGAGUAUGAAAAAGAGCCAGAUUCCUUGCAUAAUUGGGCCAUUAACAGUGAUACAACAUCAGCUAGUAUCGUAGAUCAAGUAAAAGAAGCAGCAGAAUCUGCUCUGUUGCAAACUGGAUUUGUUUACGAGGAAACUUCUGGUCUAUAUUAUGAUUAUAACAGUGGAUAUUAUUAUGAUGCAAAACAAGGCUUAUAUUAUAAUGGCAAUUCAGGUACAUAUUAUGUCUACGAUAAAGCUACUGGGAUAUUUCAAUUCCACAGUCAAGCGCAAGUAGCUGUAAAUGAAGCAUCAACGAAUUCACAAAGCAAGAAGGAGCAGAAAACUAGAAAGGCAAAUAAGGAUGAGGGGAAAACACGCAAACUUGCGAAAAGAGAAGAUCAAUUGGAAGAUAAUGAACUUGAGGAGGGGGAAUGUACAAGCAACGAUAACGACAGCAAUUCUAAUGACAUUACACCAGAAUUAUGUACUAGUAGUGACAGUGACCACGAAGAAGAUCAAGAUUUGGCGAAGAUAUAUCCACCGUGUAUGAGAAUCAUUGCGAAAGAAACUGAUUUGCCGAAAUUGAAAGUUGGAAGUCUUUUCGUCGUUGCAUAUACGGGCGGCUCAAUCGGUCGAGAAGGCGAUCAUUCGGUAGUUAUACCAGACAUAAACGUUAGUAAACAUCAUGCUCGAUUUGUAUACGAUGAAGAUAAGAAAGUUUACCAAAUCAUAGAUUCGGGGUCCAGAAACGGCACGUUCUUGAAUGGCAAAAGACUCUCAGUAGCCAAACAGGAGUCCGCUCCUUGCGAAGUUUCGCACGGCUCAAUUAUACAAGUUGGAAGUACCAAACUAUUGUGCCAUAUUCAUAAUGGGAACGAAACCUGUGGCCAUUGCGAGCCAGGGCUCGUUCAACAUAAUAGCGUUAUGGAAGAAAACAAAACUUCUAAGAAGGACCUUCACAAACAAGAAUUGAGGCGGCUGAAGUAUAAGUUCGGCGUGGAAAAGGAUAACGUUGCGACUGCGAGUCAAGUAGCAUCAGGAUAUCAAGACAGAGCCCACAGCAGAAGGCAGUGUAUUGGUUCUUCGAAUCAUCAUGCUAAGACGCAACAAAGCUCGAUGGACGUAUCCAUUGCAAAGGACAACAGAGGAUUCAAGCUCCUUUCGAAGAUGGGUUGGACCGAGGGUCAAUCGUUGGGAAAAGAAGGAGAUGGCCGAACUGAACCGAUACCUAUGACGAAUAAUCCCAGCAGAACCGGUCUCGGGACGACGAGCGAAUUUCCUACAAUCGAACUAGAUUCUAUGACGGAAAAGAAGCAGGCUUUGUGGCGAAAAACUCAGCAACGUUACAAAGAUAUCACCGACCAAACACAGUAACUGCGACGUGAACUCCUUGUUCAGGAAAAAUACAUGGCGCAUUUUUUCGUUGGUUCCUCACGCUAAACAGAGACAAUUAGAUUUUCUCGUUACCAGGAAACUAAAAAACGAUAUUCACCAAUGAGUGAAACUGAUACACGGUAUCCUACAAUUGUAACAAAUAGAAAAGUUAUUUAUGAGGAUCCUUGAUUCUACGUCAAGUUGAAGUUAGUAUAAACUAAUACGAAAAUGAAUAAAAAUGACUUAACAUUUGUUGAACGAUUAACUUCCUAUACGUGUUGCAAAUAGAUUUCUUGUGCAUUUGUAUUUCCCGAACACAAGUUAAUAUUUUUACUACGAAAUACAUGUUUUUGCUGUAUAAGUAAACGCAUUUUGCAAGUCCGUCGUUGUUGAAUUUUAAUUUUAUAUAUGCAGAUUUUUGGGGUCUACAUAGUUCUGUGUGGUGAAUAAAUUUAUUCUUGUUUUGAUGUAAGAAGGCUUACGUUUUACGUUAUUGUGAAAUCAGUAAAUUUGUCAUAUAUUAUAUGUUGUAAACAUUGAAAUCGUUAGCUUUGAUUUUAUCACAAGUUGAACGAAAUGAAUAAUUUUUGGUUGAAAAAAUACCUAUAUCUCCUCAGAACGUAAGUACAUAUAUAUACAAUAUUUUAAAUUAAUGUGUUCAGUAGUUUCUUUUAACCAAUUAAAUAAUUUAUUCAAGUUUCAAAGCCAACAACCAGACAGGUACAUUAACUUGUGAUGAUCAAAAUGUGAAAAAUAAGAGUUGCAGUUCCUCCGGUAUUCUGGUGUGUUCGCAAAUGGUCUUUAUGGAAUAAUAAUAAGGUAAAUAAAUUUCAUUGAAGUAGAUUGAAUGCAAGAAUCUAACAUGAAGGAAGUUUUUUAAUGAAUGAUAGUGAUUAAAAAAGAAUUUACUAGAAUUUGUCUAAUAUAAGACAAUAAUUCGAAAACAAUUAAAUUUAUUAACUAUUUUGAAUUAAAUCUCUACUUAAAGGGGGAGGGUCAAGUAAACAACCGCUUUUUCGCAAAUUAUUCUUGAAGAGUGCGUAAUAUAUAUUUAUUUACAACUAAUUACUUGUUAUUUUAUAGCAUCUAGUCAAUCUAUAUAAUUUUUUUUAUGUAAAAAUAUUCAUAAACGAAUGAACAGCAGCUGUUUGAAGUUGGCUUCUCGAGAAUGCGCCGUGCAACGCACAGGUCACUCUAAUUAUUUGAAAUUUAAAAUCCACCAAUUUUUUGUUAAAAUAUAGUAACACGCUUUGCAUCAACCUAGAUUUAAAAAAAAAAACAUUUUAAGUUAAAAAUUUCACGCCACGUUAAAAAAAUCUUGUUACAAACAAAAUGAUUAAAAACAUUGUUUAUUUCAAUUUUUAUAAAAACCUUUAGGUUGAUGCAAAGGGGGAAUAGUUUAAGGAAUAUUUUGUGCCAUUUUCAUAGCAAUCGGCUGAGAAAUCUCUAAGCUACAUUGCACGGCACGCGAAAUUUUGUGUUUUGAGAAAAACGCGUUUAAAGUUUCCGGAUCCAAAAAUAGUCCUUCGUGUACCGUUUGGAGCGUAUCACUUUAAUGAUUCUGUAGGUACACUUAGACUUCGAAGUUUUAGCUGAAAUGGUCGGAGCACAUUCUCCAGAUGGUAAAGUAAUUUUCUAAACAAAAAAAAGAGGUCGAAAUUUUGAAUUUUACUUGACCCUCCCCCCUUAAGAACUGUAACUACUAUAUUUUGACUAGACUAUUUUAUUGUUUUAUUCCAUUCUCUUGUAAAUUAUUAUUAAGAUGACAAUUUUUAUGGUAACUAGCC